AUGGGCAGCGACAAUAAGCGUCUGCACGAAGACGACGACGACGACGGCAAUGAGCGUGAAGAGGGGGUCAACGUCCAGCCGCUGGAUGUGCUGUGCAUGGAGCAGGUGCUGGAGUCCAUGGGAGCCGACAAGUUUGAGCCGCGUGUUGUCGCGCAGCUGCUGGAGUUCGUGCACCGAUAUGUGACGGAAAUCCUUGUGGACGCCCAGGAGUAUUCUAUGUUUGCAGACAAGAAGACUAUUGAUCCAGACGAUAUUCGGCUGGCAAUUGCCUCGAGACUGAAUCACCACUACGCUCAAGUGCCGCCUCGGGAGCUGAUGAUGGAAUUGGCAGACAAGCGCAAUGCUAUUCCGCUACCGCCAAUUUCGAACGAGUACGGCGUGCGUCUUCCCCCGCUCCAGUACCAACUGGUCACGAAGGAGAGCGACCGGCAAGAUCCGUUGCUACACAAGGUGGCAAAUACGCCUCGUGCCGGAGAUGCCACAGGAUCCAGCACUAGAAUUCAAAAUGCUGCUCGACCACCGGUGCACCCGCAGGUGGAGGGUUCGCGCAACAAAAAGUUCGCUCGCAGCCCUCUGUCCAUUAAUUUUCAUUCCAAAAGGUAA